UUUGGACUCUAGGGUUUUCCGUAUUACGUUACUGUUAUGUUGACGUGUGAAUUUGUGAAUCACUACUAGCUAACGUUAUUGUACUUUGCACAACAUGGUUUAGCUAGUAGCAAGAAAUAUAGCCAUAGAGUUGAAGAUUAAUGCCCAUGCAAACCUGUAGUUGAAUCGUUUAAGAAACCAACAAAUACGAUGGCAGCCGCCUGGGAAGAAAUCAGACGUCUGGCAGCGGAUUUCCAGAGAGCACAGUUUGCUGACACAGUGCAGAGGUUGUCGGAGAGGAACUGCAUUGAAAUCGUUGCCAAGCUGGUUGAAGAGAAGAAGUUGGAUGUGGUACACACACUUGAUGGCAAAGAGUACAUAACCCCAUCCCAAAUCAGUAGAGAGAUACGGGAUGAGCUCUACGUCCAUGGAGGUCGGGUCAACAUUGUGGACCUACAGAAGGUUAUCAACGUUGAUUGGGUUCAUGUUGAGGCCAGAGCAAAUGACAUUGCAAGAUCUGAUAAAAGCGUUCAACUGGUGCUGGGGCAGCUUAUCGAUGAAAACUACCUGAAUCGAGUUUCUGAGGAGGUGAAUGAUAAACUACAAGAGGCCGGCUUUGUGAACAUCCCAGAACUAUGUAAAAACUAUGACCUUCCAGGGGACUUCCUGACUGAGGAACUGUCGAAGCGCCUUGGGAAAGUCAUCCAAGGCCAGAUGGAUGAGUACAACAGGGGAGUCUUAUUUACCCCUGCAUUUGUCUCUCGCCAUGGAGCUCGCAUCCGUGGGCUUUUCAGUGCAGUGACUCGGCCAACACCAGUUGGUAAUGUGAUUGGCGUCUAUGGUUUUCAGGAACAUCUUCUCUACUCUGUUUUGGAGGAGCUGGUGAAUACUGGCCGUCUGAAAGGCACUGUGGUGGGGGGCCGGCAGGACAAAGCUGUCUACAUCCCUGACAUCUACUCCAAAACACAGAAUGCCUGGGUGGACUCCUUCCUCAAGCAGAAUGGCUAUUUAGAGUUUGAUUCUUUGAUCAGACUUGGCAUCCCUGACCCAGUGAGCUACAUCAAGAAACGUUUCAAGUCCAGCAAGCUGCUGUUUCUCAGGGCAGCCUGUGUAGGCCAGGCCCUGGUAGACCAGGUGGAGGCUUCUGUGGAGGAGGCUGUCAACUCUGCCACAUGGGCCGAUGUGCAGCCCAUUCUGCCCAGCUGUCUGUCCAUGGAGGAUGUUGGCAUCAUAAUCAACGAGGCCAUGAGAACGACCAAUGUGCAGUCGACUGCCAGGGUCCUGGGAGACACCGUGGUGGUCAGCGAGAAGUUCAUCAGCAACUGUCUUUGUCUCUUUGAGGAAACCAUGCAGCAUAAAGCUCAGAAGGAAGCCAAGAACAACCCUGUUUUCCUGAUAACUGAAGACGAUCUCAAGCAAGGCGCUAUGAUGACAGAAAAUACAGCCCCCUCCAAAAAGGAGAAGAGGGAGACGGAGAGGAGGAAAAAGACUACAGAGGGCAGUGGCAGUAAAGGAGGUGGUGGAGGAUGCAAUGCCAGAGAGGUCAGGAUACGCAAAACCAAGAAGAAGGGCAGGAGGGACGAUGACAGUGACGAGGAGACAGCAGUCACCCCACAAAAUCGUAACAAGCAGACUGAAGUCCCCUUCAUGGCCCUGGAGGAGAUCACUGCUGUCCUAGAAGAGAGAGUGUGUGACUGCCCCGAAGAAAUCCUCUCUGAGUUGGCGGAGCAUUUAGUAAGGCCUUUGACUAAGACCUACCAGGAGGUGGUUCGGACUGUGUUCAUGUCUUCCACUAGCGCCACGACCGGGGUGACAAAGAAGAGAAGCGUGAAAGACUUCCAGGAGGAGCUCUCCAACCUGUACAACAACAUCAGGCUCUUUGAGAAAGGGACCAAGCUCUUCUCUGAUGAGACCCAGGUCCACAUUGCCAAGUACGUCCUGAAGACAGUGUGUACGGACGUCACCAACAUCCUGGUGAAUUUCAUGGCAGCUGAACUCAUGAUGUCAGCAGAGAAUCCCAACUCUAUCACCAAUGAGGUCAGAGUGAAGAUAUUAGGAAUGUUUCCAGUGGAAACCAAAGGGCCUCUUAUGAAAGUGCACAACAGUCUGAAUGGAAAGACAAUUGAAGAUUUUUUAAACAAUAUAGAAAUGGCAGUUGAGGUGUGUGGAUUCAUGCUGAAGAAGGGAGACAAGAAAAGAGAAAGACAGGCCCUGUUCCUGCACCGCCAGGCUCUGAUAGAGCAGCUGAAGGAGACUGAGGACCCAGCCCUGAUUCUCCACCUGACCAGUGUACUGCUCUUCCAGGCCAGCACCCACUGCAUGCUGCACGCCCCCGGACGCUGUGUCCCCCAGAUCAUAGGGACUCUGGUGGGCCGCGUCUCUGAGGAGCAGCACAGACUACUGACAGGCUACCAGGGUCUGGUGGUUAAGAGGUUGGUGAUCCAGAGCCAGGGGAAAAAGCAGGGGGAGGGAGAGAACCCAGGGGAGGGGGACGAGGCAGAGGCCAUCCGGAAGGAACUGGUCUCCCUAACCAGCGAGGUAAAGGAUCUGGUCCUCUCUCAGAAGAAGACGUCUGGGACUGAAGAGUGAAUGGGCUUGUGCUACAUCGACUGCGUUGCAGUUGGAAACUGCCAGCUGACUGAUCUGAUCUACAAAUCACCUAACUACUCAUUAUUAUUUGUAGAUCAGCCUGUUAGUACCGAUUACCCACAAUCCAUUGCGGAUGUAUUGCUCGCCAAAGCGGCCAAUGAAUGUCUCGAGAUCUAGAAAAAAUCAUAAAUUAAUAAUGAAAUUCUGUAGAUCAGCUGCCCCAAACACAAUUGUCUUACAAAGUGAUUUCUCAACAGUCAUACCCAUUUAGACUAAGAAAUAUCUGAUACCCACCUAGUGUAGUAGUGUUGUGAAUGGUCCUGUUAAUUCAAAUGAUUUGCAGAAAAUUCCUUUGUGGGGUGUCAUUUGAAUUAACAUUCCAAUUAAGUCCUCAGUGAGGUAAUGUAAUAAAUAAUUCAUGGUUUAAUUAAAAAACACUUGGCCUCUC